CUUACUUACACGACAUAAAAUCAAGUAAAGUUCUUAAAGUAACGACUACUUUUUUGGAGGAAAAAUAUUCAAAAAAAAAAAAAGUUACAUUGGCAAUUUUGUUUAGGAAAUAAUGACGAACCAUUAAUAUGUUAAAGUGAAAAAAAUAUAAAAUUAACAUGCAUAUAAGUAUAUGGGCUAAAUUGCAAGUUUGGUCACUCAAAUUGCUACAAAAUUUUAUAUUUGGUCACUCGAAUUCGUUUAUUCCAUUCGUAGUCACUUAAAUUAGUUGAACAGUCCAAGUUUGGUCACUCUCCGUUAACCUCCGUCAAACUCCGUUAGUGCCGUCAGUUAACUGCUGACGUGGCUAACAGAGAUGUCUAGUCACCCAAUUUUAACCCAAGAAAGAAGAGAAAUUAAUCCGCCACGUCAGAAAAACAUGCCACCUCAUAUAAACACAACCCAAUCCACCCAACUUAAAAAAAACCAUUAACCCACCCAGAAAUCGAACCCGUGACCCAUCCACCCUUCUUCUUCUUCCUCUACACCCUUAUAGGGAUGGCAAAAAUAUCCGUAACCGUGGAUAUCCACCCGAAUCCGAUCUAAUCGGGUAGGGUAAAACCCGAACCCGAAGCAUUUUUCGUGGGUACGGGUAAAACCCGAACCCGAAUAUUGCGGGUAAUGGGUGGGCAUGGUUAUCUCACUAUCCAACCCGAACCCGCCCGAUUAUACACAUGCAUAUGUAUUUUGUCUAGAAAUAAUCAUUAUUUUUCCCUAGAAUAUUUUAUAUUUAGCAUAUAAAUAUAAUAUGUUAAUGAAAUUAUGUUGUUUUAAUUAAUUUUCGUCAUUUUAGUGAAUUAUUGUCGUACUUUUCUCUUACGUAAUGUGAAUAUACGUGUGAAUGUUAACAUAUUGGUUGGAAUUAUAAGGAGAAAUUAAAACCCAUGGAUAACCGUGGAUUCCCGAAACCCGAACGGGUUUGGGCAUGGUUUUGAUUUUCUACCCAUUUCUCGUGUGGGUACGGGUAUGGGUAAAAACCGAACUACAUUGGGUAGGGUAACGGAUAUGCACUAUCCGCCCCGACCCGACCCGACCCAUUGCCAUCCCUACAUGUUUAUAAUGAGGUUAUCAAUUGAGAGAAGGAAUGUGGUGUAUGGAAUUAGAAAAACAAUUGCUAUUUUUAAAUAACAAAGUGAUGAUUCUGUGAUUUUCAAAACUUAUGCGGGCAUAUUGUUAUUCGGCAAAAAGCUUAGUGACCGUUUCUCCCAAUUAGCCACUUUAAAAGCUCGAGUGAAAAUCUCCGUCUGCCACCAAAGAAUUCGGAAAGAAGUUUCGGGAAAAGCACAGCAGUCAGUUGCAGCAAAAAUGCCGAAAAACGGAAGUCUUCCCGCCGACCUAAUAGCGGCCACGCUCUGCCGCCUGCCGGCGAAAUCACUGCUUCGCUUCCGUUGCCUAUCCAAGUCAUGGUGCUCCGAAAUCGACAGUCCCGCUUUCGCCCAACUCCAUCUCCGCCACUCCGUCAAAACCCCUUCCAAUCUCAGUCUCAUCCUCAGAGACGGCUCUCUCCGCUCUCUGGAUUUCCAGUGUUUGGACGGCCUCGUGAAGCUGGAUCACCCUCUGGAUACUCCGUUCUUCGGAACAGAGAUCCUCGGCUGCUGCAAUGGUUUGCUCGCGCUCUACAAUUCCGAAGAGGAAAUCGUGAUCUGGAACCCUAUCACCCGUGAGCAUCGGAGGCUUCCGGAGACGGAGCUCGAGUAUCCUCCGGAGAACAUGUUCUUCGAUUUUAUCGUCUAUGGUUUCGGGUACGACUCUGUUCACGACGAUUACAAGUUGGUUAGGUUGGUCCAAUUUCCCGGCUUUCGUAAUCGUCCUUGCUUCUCCGUGGCUAAGGUCUACAGCCUCAAGGAAAAUUCGUGGCGGCGGAUUAGGGAUUUCCCUUAUCAACUUGUGUUCAAGAGGUGCCAUGGGGUUCAUGUGAACAAUGCGCUGCAUUGGGUGGUUUAUAGGAGCAGUGGAUCUGAAGGUGAGAAAUCUAUCGCUGCGUUGGAUCUCUGUAGUGAAGAGUAUCGAGUGAUUGAACAGCCCAAUUAUGGGGGGAGGAAAUUUCACCUGAAUGUGGGGGAACUUGGAGGCUGCCUCGCUGUGACUGCUAAUUACUAUCUCAAGAGAGUUGAUGUGUGGGUGAUGAAGGAAUACGGCGUGAAAGAGUCGUGGGGUAAACUACUGACGGUGAGGCAGCAAGCGAAAAAGCCUACUUUCGAAUUCGUGCUCCCUGUUGCCUAUGUGGGCAAUGGGUCCAAGAUUUUGCUUGUUCAGGAUAGUAACAAGUUUGUUUGCUAUGAUUUGAUAAGUAAGAAGGUGGAUGAGGUCGGAGUUAGCGGUCUGUCGGAUUAUUUUGAAGUAGUAGUCCUGGCAGGGAGUCUUAUGAAGCUUAACAACGGUAUUGAGGGUGUGGCAUAUGAAGCGAACUUGAUCAGGAAUGCGGCGAACUUGGUCGAUAUUGGUGAUGAUGAGUUCAACUUGGUCGAUUUUGGUGAUGAUGAGAUCCUACUCUAGAAGCAGAAUGGUGGAAAGAGCUAACUAGAGGUAAACGUUUCAAUACCUUUUUCUGGUAAAAUGAUUCAUGGCCCAAUUUGACUGAACCAAAGAUCUUCUUGGAAUUUCAUUCGUCAUUCUAGCUUGAGAAGUUCUUAUGCUGCCAUGUGAAUGGUUAUGCUUUAGCUGGUUAUGGACUUCUAUUGAUUUCAUGUGGAUAAGCUUCUCUUGUGCUUUCUAUUUUAGUUGCAGUAAUAUAGCCUAUAGAAGAGAAGGAAUUGUAUUUACUGAGUACCGAAGAGCAUAGAGUGGUCCCUUUUGUUGUCAUUGCUUUUUUUUCUUUUAGGAUAAUAGAGAGUAUGGUUUCAGUUUCAUGAUAACCUUUAGAUGCGCUGUAGAAAUAUCCUACAUUGAAAAUGGAAAGAAACUAGCCUCAGGGUUAUUAUACGUCGUGCUUCUGUCCCCAAACGGGUAGUUCCGAUCAGUGCUGAUGGUAGUUCCGAUCAGUGCUGAUGGUAGUUCCGCAGCAAGGACGGAGUUCUUUCAUUAGCAACAAUAUCUUGUUCUGGACCUUAAAGUGAGUGUUUGUCUAUGUGAGUUUCAGGAAUUUAAGUAUUUAACCGUGUGUACUGCUACAGAGAACAGAGUCGCAUCAAUUGUUGUCAUCAGGACUGCUUACUUCAUGGCAAUCUCUAGAUGUGCGGUUGAAAUAUGUUUUUUCUUCAUAUAGAAAGAUUGGAAAGUUUUAGAAGCACGAGAUUCUGAUGGAACAUGGUUUUCGUGGCUUUGAUUCUGUCUACAAAUAAGACUACAAGAGGGCCUUUGAGUGGCAUAUUAGAGUAGUUCAGAUCUGACACAAGUUUUAGUUUGGCUAAACCCUGAUCUAAUCAGCUGCAAUGCUGAAUACAAAUGGACUCGUGUGUUCUUUCGGAUUGCAAGUAUCGAAACUCAGAAACCCUUCUAAUGCUUGUAAGCAUACUGGAAAAUCGCAACGUGUUCUUGAUUUUCUUUGUGACCCCGUCUCUUUUAUUUACUGAUGCUGAUGAUUAAUGAUUUUCUGUUUCAGGUUCUGGGUGGAGUCUGCAACCUGCAGCGACAGACGGACGGACAGCUUUGCUCACCGUAAGUACCCUGUGAACUCAUGAUGAGAGCAGUCUCGUGUUUUUCUUGCUUGUGCUUCAAGUUAGGUCUCGAAUGGUGGAGAAGUCCAAUCCUCGGAGGAAGUCGAUCGACAGGCAACAUAACAUCGCGCGAUUAGCGAGCAGAAGCAGCAAACUAAUCAGUAAUUAUACCAAUCAAACUACCACACAUCUAGGCCUUCAAUUAAUGCUUGUAUUCUUGUUCAAGUGGUUGGUUAAUGGGUUUAUACUUAUUGAAUCGCCAACUUGCUUCAUGAAAACUAAGUACGUUCUACUGCCUGCCUUUCGACUGAUGGAAAUUUGACAUCUGUGAGUGAACUGAUAUGUAUAUAUUUAUAUAACUAAGUAGAGAAUAAUUCUAUCCUUUAAAUUUGUGGUAUAUACUGAAGGAAGAAGGGAUAUUGAUGCAAGUAGAAUAAUCAUAUGUAUGGCCAGAUUGAUAGCCCUCGUCUGGAAGGUAUGUCUACGUAGCGGAAUGGGAGUGGGUGUUGUUGAGACUAAUUAAUGGUUUGGUGUCAGAUUUGCUCCAUUUAAUUAGCUUCUUCGCAUGUAAUUAAUGAGAAAAGCUCAGGCGACGAUGCAAGCUCAGGCUCCGAUAAUCACUCGUUGCAGAGAUGUCUUUGUGGAGAUGCAGAUUCCGUGCUUAAUUAUUUAGGUCAUAGUCAUUGUUCAUAAUAUUGCUAUUGCUGUUCGACGAGACACGUAUCUUAAUAUUCAUAUUCAUCUCGCAUCGAACCCUGGUAAAUGUUGAGUAAUACUCAUUCAUUUAUGGGUCGAGCCGUCGAGGCAUGUCGAUCCAUUCUCAUGUGAAUAUAUGUACAGUUUUGUU